AUGGGCUCCGGCCUUCGGGCCGCUGUGAUCCUCUGCCGGCCGCCCCACGGGCACAACAGGGAGGGGACGACCUCGGGGCGGAGCUCCGUGGCGAGCGCCCGCGAGUUGGUCACGUACUCGGGCGGCUGGGUGUCGCUCUUCGCUGCGACCGUGAGGGAGGCCGCUCUGAUGGCCUCCCGAGGCUCGGUGCUCCUGGCCAGGUUCCUGCUCCCCUCGGGCAGGUGCAAGGAGAUGGCCUGCCUCCAGCUGUCCACGCUGGGCAGCCCAGUCGGCAAAGUGGUCAGCUGCGUGGUUGAGGCGGACUUCAACGUCCGAAAGAAACAUACUGUCGGCCUGAGCUUGAAUGGGGUGACCAUUGGUCCAGAUCAGAUUGAGGGUCCCCCCACGCUGUGGCAGCACACGGUGGUAUUCGGCCCAGAGGCGGGCACGGUCCGGCACCUGGCCUGGCGUUGCCCAGCACUCGACGAGCCUCGGAGGCAGCAGCGGGCGGACGGGUCCAGAUUCGCGCUGCUGCAAGAGGCGGAGAGGGCGGAGCCCGACACAGGCCAGGAACACCACAUCUGGUCACGCGGGCUGGUGCCAGACCCGCGAGCAGAGGCGCCGCUGCCUUUCGCUCGCACGCUCGUGAGACGCUCGGGCACCCACCCAGGGUCCGUCUUCGAGCGUGAGGUCUUCCUCGACAGCUCCGCCUUCCGCUCCAGGGACAAGCGCCCAAUGGCAGCCUGCGGGGUCGGCGGGCCCAACUGCGCCUUCCGCGCUUGCGACCGCCAUGGCACGGCGCUGCUGCUGGGCGAGUCGGUCUGCUGGAGCUGCUGGGUCUGCGCCGCCAUGGGCACUCCCGUGCAAGGGGGCCGAGCAGCCGCCCAGAGCGGGGGCUCGGGCGACGGUGCGGGCGCGGCCGGGGCUGUCGCCCUCGCCUUGGCGGCCGCUGCGGCGGCGGCCCGGCCGCGCGGGGAGCCCGCCGCCGCCGCCGAGGCGCCUCCGGCGGUGGCCGCGGCGAUGGCGGCCCGCCCGCACGGCGCCGCUGAAGGGGGGGGCGGCGACGGCGAGCCCGCCAGCGGCGAGGCGCCGCUGAGGCAGCAGGUGAACGCCGCGCCGUCGGGCGGAGAGCCGGCUGGCGGGGCCGCCUCGCCGGAGGGCCCUGCUGCCGAGGAGCCGCCGCCUGCCCCCGCCUCGCCUGGGCCAGCGCGGCGAGGCCGUGGCCGCGGACACGGCAGGGGCCGAGGUGGCGGUCGCGGGCAGCCUGCCUCAGCCCCUUCCGCGCUCGCGCCAGCCGUGGGGGGCAGCGAGGCGCCGCCAGCGUGGUGGAACGCCGAGCUGCAGGACUCGCACGUCCUGAUGAGGUGCGGCGGCCACGUCUUCUGCAACGUGUGCGGCGCCAGCGCGGGCUCGGCCCGCAUCAUGGGCCUCGCGCAGGAGUGCCCCGCCCGCCGUGUCCCGGGCUGGCGCGUGGAGGGCCGGCAGGCCGAGGUGCUGAGGCGCCUCCGCCGAGGCCUGCACCCGAGCAAGAGUGGCAGGCUCGGUUCCCCGGUGCGGCUGCAAGCCUGUGGACGGGCACUCGACGAGGGCAUCCCCGUCGAGGCCUGCUUCGACGGGCAGGCUCCGAGGCGCUCGCUGCUGCGCAUGGACCGCCGGCUGAGCCAGCUGGAGCUCUGGCCCGCGGAGGGCCUCCACGGGGAGCCGCCCGCAGGCGCCUGGGUCGUCGUGCCGUUGAGGCAAACGGGCCCCGUGGCCAAGGGCGACGCGGACCAGACCGGCGACAACGCCGACGCCCGGGCCGUCGUCGUCCAUUGCCCCACUGGGCGGCUGCGGCUCGUCUUCGACUCGGCGCGGUCGCGGGACAGGACGGCCCGCGGCCGCUGCCCCUUGCUGGGCGGCGGCGAUGGCGGGCGGUGGCGGCGCCGGCCACGGCGGGGGCAGUGGCAAGGCCCACCAAAAGGUGCCGCCGAGCCCCGCCUUCCCGCCCAUGUGACCGGCCCGCGCCCGCCGCCGACGCGCGCGGCCGGCGCCUGUGGCAGCGCAGAGAGCCGCGGCGGCGGCGGCGGUGACGCCGUUUUCGUCUUCUUCUUAUUGUUCGUAUUCUUGUUCGUCUCCGUCGUCUUCUUCCUAUUCCUCUUCUUCCCAUGUGUUUCCUUAGUCUUAUGUGUCUUCUUCUGCUUCUUUCAACGCGCACCUUGGCGUCGCCACGCCCACGAAAGUGCUCAGGGCCAUGAUCCGGCAACCUGACCCCGCUCCCCCUCUCUGGCGAACUCGACGCGCGCACGCCUGCGGCGGUCCCGUGGCCCGCCACGUGCGCGCGGCACACGCGUCG